AUGAACCUGAUGCAGACUGGGUCGGAGAGUAUGCAGCAAGAUGCGGAAGCUGAUUCCACUUUAGCAGGUUAUCAUCAACAAUCCACCUCGGGCACAGCAAGCCCAGCUGGAGCAGGGCUAAGUUCAGAAACCGAGGUACUCAAAGCGCUCAAGUCCCUGUUUGAACACCACACAGCCUUGGACGAAAAGGUUCACGAACGUCUACGUGCCUCACAGCAAAGAGUGACGGAACUCGAAUUGGCUUUGGCAGAGACCACAGGAGCAGCAACGCCGCAUGAACUAACCUCUAGUGAAGUACAAACUGAUUCAUCUGUAGUAAAUGGCACGAGUUUUUCUCAAACCUAUGCGGAGCUAGGUACCAUUUCGGCUACGGCUGCCGCGACAGAGGCAAUGAACCGAGUCAGACAAUUGCAACAAAGUAUGGAUCAGCAGUCCAACGAAUUGUUUGUCGCUCGACGGCAAAUCAUUGAACUGACUAGUCGAACGAAAGAAACAACGGAUUCCCUCAGAUUCGCCCGCAGUGAACUCAAACGCACCACGGAUGAAGUUGAGCGGUUGCAGAAAGAGAUCAGGGAGACGGAAACACGUCGAUUGGAGCAUGAAACCAAGGCCACUACUCUGGAGCAGAGAUACAUGAAAACCCAACGGGAAUUUGCCGCUGCUCAGGAGGUUAUCGAUAAGCUACAAACCGAGGUCGCCGUUAAGACAAACCAGCUAAAGCGACUUGAAAACAGGGCACAAAACCUUCAAAAGCGCCUCGAUGGUAUGGAAGAUGACGUUCUAAUCGCCAAUCAAGACAUCAUAACUGGCACACGUACUCAGGAUUCCAAGCGAAAUCACACAGACGAUGAGUCCGCAGAUGAGGAACAAAUGGCGUUUCAUCUGGAAUAUGAUCAUGAAAGGCAAACCAAGAGCAGGGUUUUUCUAUCUUCUGAUGUAGAGACGGAUCAGGAAGAGUCGAGCAUCUCAGGUGGACAAAAAACCUCUGAAGGACAAUCUCCCACUCGACCGAUAAGUUUACAGACGUCCAGAGGGGACGACGAUCAAAUAAACAGACCGGACCUGAACGGCGAAACAAGACGAUACGGCGAGAGCAGUAAGAGCUUAUUUGAAAAACUGGAGGAGAUGCAACAUGAACUUGACCGCUCCCAUGAGAGAGAGGCAAUCAAUGAGCAACACAUUAGCAGAUUGUCCACCACGGUCGAUCGGUUGCUACAGGAAUCGAGCGAAAGGCUACAAAGCCAUUUGCAAGAGAAAAUGUUGGUGCUUGAACAGAAACAAAGCCUGGCUCGCGAUGUGGACCGCGUCCGCAGACAACUUGAGUCGGCCGUCUCCGACCGCAAAGCCCAAGUAGCCGAGGCAAACCGCCUCCGACGCCAGUUGUUCGAACUGGCGGCCGCGCUGAAAUACAGUCAAGCACAAUUGGUGACCGCGCAGAGAGCAGCCUCUGCUGCAAAUGCCGCCAUUCUCGCCCUCACGAAGAGUCAACCCGAGCAGGGGCCUGCGUUCAGUACAGAGGACCAGCUCGGGACUGCGCUAACCACAGCGGCAACAGAGGCAUCACCGCUUUUCCCUGUGCCUGCUUUCAACGAGUCCUGGCCUGCGGCACCCAAUCUGCAAACGAUAACCGACGGCAAUUUCGUGCCUAGUCCCAGCUCCGUUCCAGUUGACCCAAACCAAGAAAUCGGUUGGUCUAGAGAUGUCAUUUCGAGUGCAUUGGAAGAACUUCUUGCCAACUGCGCUGUUCUGAAACAUCCAGCUCAAGCAAUGCCAAUUCAACCUCAAAACCCGACAACAGAUGCCGACCAGCUGGUCACAUUGUUGCAACAACACCUUGAAGGCACAUCACUGCCAGCGCCGAAUAUGCAAUCGGAAACGAAUCAUACGAACGCUGAGUCGUUGGCUGCCUUGAUACAAACUCAGUUGGAUGCCAUCAAUAAUGAAAUUCAGUUAAUCCAGCAAGAAAAAGCAGACACUGAGCAGCUGGCCGAGGAGUUGGCAAAUCGUAUGGGAAAUGUUGAAAAGCGUUUGGCAUAUUCUCCCAAUGGAAUUCAACAGUAUGGCACACUUGACCACCGCACCUCUACGCAAACUGGACAAACCCCCUCCUUCGGUCGUGCUGGCUUGACCAACCCACAUUUAGCACGAGUGAAUGACAUUCCAGCACGGAGCGUAUUACAGACCGGUCCCAGAAUUGAACUAUCAAGAGCUCCGGUUUUGGAUCAAGGUGCUCACUCCAAUUUGAUUGGACAGCUCCAUGGAGCGCGGCAUGAUGCGCCAGUCCACUCUCCGCAGUUGCAAUCGAACCUCGGCCCGAUCAGUAUCAGUCCUGAUCCUCUCCACUCCGCUACCGUGGGUGCAAACACUAAUUUUGCGCAUGGACUGGAGCAUGGCCCAUUUAGGUACGCGGUGAACCCAACUCAGAUACCAGGAACUGGUUCUUUGAACAUUCGCAUGGGUGUACCAAGCGCACUAUCGGACACCAAGCGUGAGCAAGGGAUUGGUAUAGACAAAGAUGAUCAAACAAAAGGCUUGUUUGGGAGCCUCGGACGUAUGUUUAAGAAACAUACAACCUCCACUUUUCCCACUAGCACUACGAAUCCCGGAUUUCCUGGAUCUAUUUCCACGUUGGCCACGGGGAAUCAACAUCCAUUUUCUCUGGACAAUGUUAACAGCCUACGAGUUAGUAGGACGAUAUCAGAGCACCCUUAUCCAACUGCUUUUAACAUCCAAAUGGCAAAGGAUUUUACCAAAUACAGAGGAACUGCGCCAACAUACAAGGUACUGAAUCAAGCGUCUGCGUUACACCACGGUGCCCCGUACACAAUGUACCAUCACAUGCAGGACGGCCCCUCACGUUUCAGUCCAAGACCAUUGUCUCAAGGUACAAUGAGUCACAAUCCACGACUAGCUGCCCCAACGCCGACACAGCCGUCUUCAGCUCGAAUCACUGAUGGUAUCUCACAUGGCGGUGUUGUGGACAAAGACCCACCAGAGAAACUAUCAGCUCAGCAGCUUUCAUCCUCGGGAACUCAAAAACAUCAGUGGGAACCGGAAGGGAUCAUUGAGGAAUCUAGUCGCAUGCAUCGGGCCACAGAAGAUGGACGCUCAAUGACAAAGAAAGACCUGCUCCAAGAAGCUUUCGAUUCUCAGAUACCCUUUACGAAUUGGACCAGCGCAACUUUGGUCGCAUGGCUGGAACAGUGGGUCGGAAUGCCAGCGUGGUAUGUGGCGGCAUGCAGAGCGAAUAUUAAAUCCGGAGCGAUUCUUGCGUCGUUGAGUGACCAGGAGAUACAAAGAGAACUUGGAAUCAGUAACCCCUUGCAUCGUUUGAAGUUGCGUCUAGCCGUACAGGAAAUGCUCGCCUUCACCGCUUCACUAGCGAAUCCAUCCUACGUCAGUGGGGCUACUUCGAAAUCACAAAGCACGCCAUCCUGCUCUCGAAUUCACCUAGCGACCCCGCUGAUAAAAGGCGAACUGAAUCACGAGUGGAUUGGCAAUGUUUGGCUUCCCAGCUUGGGUUUGGCCCAAUAUCGACCCGCAUUCAUGGAGUGCCUUGUGGAUGCCCGGAUGUUGAGCCACCUGACAAAGCGGGACCUACGUACUCAUCUCAAAAUGAUUGACCAAUUCCACCGCCUAAGUUUGUAUUACGGAAUCAUGUGUCUAAAGCGGAUGGAUUACGACAGAGCGGAAUUGGAACGACGUCGUGACGCAUGUGCUUUAAAUGAUACCGAUCUGUUAGUUUGGAGCAAUGAUCGAUUGAGCUCCUGGAUGCAAAAAAUUGGUUUACAGGAAUACGCUUCCAAUCUCAUAAAUUCUGGGAUCCACGGAGCCCUCAUCGUCCUGGAUCCGGAAUUCAACAUCGCAAUGCUGGAAACUGUCCUGCAAAUUCCGAGCACAGAUGUCAAAUCGCGACAUGUGUUCGAAAGCAAUUUACAGAAACUCCUCGAGCCUUACAGAACUUGUACCCCUGGUUGGUCAACCAGUGGGGCACUGGGAGACACCACCGUGACCACCUUGUCAAGUUCCACUUUGAAUGCGGAGACCAGCUAUUACCGCAGUCACCGCCCUUCUUUAUCAGUUGAUGCAGAAUAUCUUCCAAUGAACACAACGCCCGAAUUAGCGAACCGGUGCGAAAGUAUUGAGGGAGCUGUUCCCCCAAUCCCGGUAAGGAGCAGAGCACCCAUGCGUCGCACAACCGGACAACACACAUCUGAUAGUCCCCGAAGGCCAAUACCAUACUCAGGUUAUGAGCAUCAGACGGAAGACGUGACACGGAUAUCGUGA